AUGCCUGCUUUCGGAGAAAAUCAAGCUUUUGCCGUUCAUGUUCAAGAUUCGGUGCCACAAAUCCGAGCACAUCGUCGCAGAAACCGGUCGGUGCUCGAAACCACUAUGGUUUUCCGGACUUCGGGCGACUCUGCCACUCAAGUUCGGGCGGAGAAUGCCUCGGGUAUUCGUAUCAGCGUCACCGGGUUCGCCACUAGGCCGAAGCCUGGCGAAGCAUUUGAGGCCACUGCAUACGGUCGUUCGCCAUAUAACGGUCGCACUUCAGUGACGAUCACUCAUCACGAUGUGAACCUAGCUUUGGAUGCUCGUCGACCCCGGCCGUUAGUUCGAUUCGUUUCUGUUGGACCGAUUUCUGAUGCGGACCUUCGUCUUGCACCAGGAGAAAUUCCUCCACCUUACCCCUGCCCGCUCCCGGAGACGUCCAGCCAAAAGAAUGUCGAGAAGAUGAGACCCAUAUCUGCACCUGCUCCAUCUGCGGAAGUGGUUAAAGCGAUGUUGGAUGCGCCUGCUAACAAGCCCUUUGUUCCAGCUCGUCCUUCUACUCCUUUGCGGAUCAUCACGAAUCCACUCGAGGACAAAUACGAGGUGGAUCGUGAAUCUGGGUACUCGCCACGGGAUUCUCCUUCGCCUUUCUUCUCGAGUUUUCGUCCUCAUCAGUUCGGCGGUGGGCGGUCGAUGGACUCUCAUCGGCUCGUGUUGAAUGAACCCUUGCCAUCGCUAUGUCCUCGUAGCCCAUCCGAGAGCUCGUUCGCCGAAAACGAAGUUCCAUGGGAAAGUGAAGAAGUUGGUCCUGCAAUCACAGAACCCGGGAGAACCCUAUCCGAAGAAUUCCAGGACAACGAACUUGCCGCUGAAAUUGUGGAAGAGCAACACAUACCCACACAGUCCGAGAACAGUCUUUCUUCAUAUCCUUCGUUCGACAGUUUCAACGACGAUUCCCUUGAAAACACUGUCGAAGGUGAUAUUUCUCUUACAGAAAGUGUUGAAUCUCGAGUCAUAGAGAGGUCUCAACGGCCAGGCAAAGUCAUCAGCUUGACGAAAGCGGUUAAGCUGAAGCUUUACGGUUCUCGUCAGAUAACCUCGUCUUCUACUCUGCCAUUGGGCAGGUCUUCAAUGUCUCCUCCUCCUCCCUCCGCGUUCCAAAGAUUCGAGCGGGCGUUAGGGGCAGCUGCUGGUUCCUCAGCUAGCCUUAGCUCCCGCGUUAGUCUGAAGAAUUCGAACGGGGUAGGACCUAGCUCGGGAGGCAAAAGUAUGAAAGCACUACUCGGGAAGGCAAUGGGUAUUGGAAAGGGCAUGAAACGAUCAAGGGAGGACGAGGAAAAUAUGGAUCCUGACUCUAUUCAGGAUGGGGUUGAUCGUCCAAUCGCGGGCAGGAGGACUAAACGAAAACUUAUGGGAAUUAGCGUGGGCAAUUAG